AUGUCAUCGAAGCAAGAACCAUCGGUAGAAGGAACUAUAAAGGACAAGCACUCUGAGACACAUGGAUUUGAGGUUGAUGUAAACCAAAUGAUGGAUACCAUGAUCAAGAGUGUGUACUCGUCGAAGGAGCUAUUUCUUAGGGAGUUGGUAUCUAACUCCAGUGAUGCCUGUGACAAGCUCAAGGCGCUGUAUUUCCAGCUGAAGGAGAAGGGAUGCGAGCUUGAUCCCGUUACAUCUUUAGGGAUUGAGAUUAUUCCAAACAAGGCCAACAGAAUGUUAACGAUCAAGGAUAACGGGAUUGGAAUGACGAAGGCCGACCUGAUGAACUUUAUUGGGACGAUUGCAAGCAGCGGAACGAAGAGAUUUAGAGAGGAGAUGAAGGAGAAGGGGAACUCUGCUGAUGCCUCCAAUCUGAUUGGACAGUUUGGUCUUGGGUUCUAUUCAUCUUAUCUUGUUGCUGAGAGGGUUGAUGUGAUAACAAAGCAUCCCGAGGACUCGGCGCUUGUCUGGACGUCUACUGGGAAGGACGAGUACACUAUAGAGGAGUAUGAGGGAGAGUCGUUUUCCCAUGGGACCUCCAUUGUGCUAUACAUCAAGGAGGGAGAAGAGGAGUUCCUUGAUCCAAAGAGGAUUAGUGAGAUAGUGAAGAAGUACUCUCUAUUUGUGUUCUAUCCUAUAUACACAUAUGUUGAGAAGGAAGUUGAGGACACUGAGCAAAAGAAGGAGGAGGAAGAAGAAAAGGCUGUGGAAGAGACAAAUGAGCCUAAGGUUGAAGAGGUGCAGGAGAAGAGGCUGAAGAAGGUCACGGAAAGAGAACAGAUCAAUGUUGAGAAGCCACUGUGGAAGAGAAAUAUAAAGGAUGUUCCUGAGGAGGAGCUGAAGAGCUUCUAUAAGACCAUUUCUGGGGACUGGGAUGAUUUCCUUGCAGUUGACUUCUGGCACAUUGAGGGGCUCCUGUCUAUCGAGCUUCUUAUGUUUAUUCCGAAGAGGGCAAGGUUUGACAUGUUCAAUAGGAAUAAGAAGAACAACAACAUCAAGCUGUACUGCAAGAAUGUGUUCGUGACGGAUGACUUUGGAGACGCCAUUCCCGAGUGGAUGUCAUUUGUCAGUGGUGUGGUGGCCUCUGACGACAUUCCUAUGAAUAUCAGCAGAGAGAUGAUUCAAGGGACAAAUGUGAUGAAGCUCGUCAAGAAGACUCUUCCACAGAAGAUCUUUGAGAUGAUAGGCAAGCUUGCACUGGAUGUCGAGAAGUACAAGACAUUCUACAAGGAGUUUGGAAACUGCCUGAAGAUGGCCAUUGGAGAGGCAAGCGAGGGGCAGCAGGACGGAUACUCGAAGUGCCUUCGAUACUUUACUACGAAGAGUGAGGAGGAGAUGAUAUCUUUGGACACAUAUGUGGAGAGGAUGGCACCAAACCAGAAGCAGAUAUAUGUGAUAACAGGGCUUGGGAAAGACCAAGUUAAGUCAAACCCUGCUCUAGAUGCAUUCCAGAAGUACGAGGUUAUAUACAUGUACGAUGUGAUGGACGAAGUGAUGCUCAGGGGGCUUAAGAAGUACAAAGGGCAUGCCAUACAAAGAAUAACAAGCGAGGGAGUUGAGCUUCCCGAGGAUGAGGAAAACAACGAGGAGGUUGUGAAGUCAUUUGAGGAGUUCUGCAAGAAGGUGAAGGACGUUCUUUCCAGCAAGGUGGAGAAGGUCACUGUGAACCCGAGGCUUGUGAGUGUCCCUGCGGUUAUAUCUACCACUAAGUAUUCUCUGUCUGGAACCAUGGAAAACAUAAUGAAGUCCCAGCCUGUCACUGAGGCAAACCCAUUUGCAGCAAUGACGGCAGUCAGCAAGAAGAUCUUCGAGCUAAAUCCAAACCACAGGCUUGUCAAGAACCUCAAGGCACUCUUCGAUAGCAACGAGAUCGAGAAGAUGAGUAAGAUCUUAGAGCUGUUUUUCGAGACGGUUCUUAUCCAUAACGGAUUUAUGCUGUCUAAUCCCAAGGAGUUCUGCGCCAAUGUCUUUGACUUCCUCUGUUCCGAGGAGACAAAGUGUGAGGAACUUGUUGAGGAGGUUGAAUAA